GCUUUGUAAGUUAGUGAGCCCAGAUUAAACGCCAUCAAGCAUCAAGAGCUGGUUAGGGCUUAUUCUCUUCCCUCGGUCACCCUCUCGGCAUCAACGGCAACUCUGUCAAAAGAUUUUGAUCUCCUUUACUGGCACUACCAGGGUUAAAGUUAUGGCAAUGAACUGCAUUAAAUCUUUGAGAGGUAUCGUGAUUACUAAGGAGGCAGUGGGGAUGGUGGAUCGACGAGCAUUUUCUGCUGGGGCAAAAAAGAAAGGCGGCAAAGGGGGAGCAGCAGCUGAUGCUCCAAAAGCAUCAUCGCUGGGUAAAGAAGUCAAGUCUACAACUACAGUUGGUGCCAAUAUUCUCAAGGAUGGAACAGAUCCCAAGGUCUUGGACGAUUCUGAAUACCCUGAUUGGCUGUGGCGAUUGCUUGAUAAACGUCCAGCAUUGAGUGAACUGAGAAGGAAGAAUAUUGAAACUCUCCCAUUCGAAGAUCUCAAACGCUUUGUCAAGCUGGACAACCGGGCAAGAAUCAAGGAAAAUAACUUUUCUAAGGCGAAGAACUGAUAGAAAUAAAUCCGCAAGAUAUAUUGUCUCUUUGUCAAGUACGAUCCAUCCUUCUCUUCUUGGAUUCCUUGAUGUGAUUGAGUUGCAUGUGCAGAAUGAUGAAAUGGAACUCGAGGGAUGCAUAAAUGUUUUAACACAUGCAUGUAGUACCUGCCCCAGUACUUUAUCUUUUCAUUGGGACAUUUUUAGCUGUUUAAAAGAGCAUAAUCCAUCAUAUUUAAUGGAUAAAGGAUUUUGAUUGUUGA